UCUACCGGGUGUGGUCGAUUAUCCCGGCGGCUCAGACCCACAGUUGACGUCCUUUUCUCUUUUUAAAGAGAUAUUCUGACGAAAACAGUCACCAUGUCGGGGAAAUAUUGGCUCUUCGGAGUGCUGUGCUUGUUUCUGGCUACAGCUACAGUGUAUGCUGAUGAUUAUGCCGACGCCACAGUUGAAGAUGACAUUGGCGACCACGCUGAAGGGUCCAGGACUGACGACGAAGCCGUUAAAAGGGAAGAAGAGGCCAUCAAGUUGGAUGGACUAAAUGUGGCGCAAAUUAAAGAAAUGAGAGAUCGGGCGGAAAAACACGAGUUUCAGGCAGAAGUCAGCCGUAUGAUGAAGCUCAUCAUCAACUCCCUCUACAAGAACAAGGAGAUCUUCCUUCGUGAGUUGAUCUCCAACUCCUCCGAUGCCCUGGAUAAGAUUCGCUUCCUCUCGCUUACCGACAAGGAUGUAUUAUCAGCAAAUGAAGAGCUUACUAUCAAAAUCAAGGCGGACAAAGAGAAUGGGGUCCUGCAUGUUACGGACACCGGCAUCGGUAUGACCAAGAGCGAGCUUGUGAACAACCUGGGCACCAUCGCCUGGUCUGGUACCAGCGAGUUCCUCAAAAAGCUGGCGGAGGGCACGGCCGAGGAACAGAGCGCUCUCAUUGGCCAGUUUGGUGUGGGCUUCUACUCCUCCUUCCUGGCGUCUGACCGUGUUGUGGUGACCAGUAAGAACAACGAUGACAUCCAGCACAUCUGGGAGUCUGACGCCGGGUCCUUCAGCGUUGUGGAGGAUCCAAGAGGCAACACCCUGGGCAGGGGAACCACUGUCAGCCUGCACUUGAAGGAAGAAGCUCAGGACUUCCUGGAGCCCCACACCAUCAAGGAGCUGGUGCGGAAGUACUCCCAGUUCAUCAACUUCCCCAUCUACCUAUGGACUAGCAAGACAGAGACAGUGGAGGAGCCCAUUGAUGAUGAAGAAGCUGAAGAGGCAGAUGAGGAGAAGAAGGAAGAGGAGGAGGAUGAAGAUGCUAAGGAUGAGGAUGAAAUAGAGGAUGAAGAUGAGGACGGAAAGGUUGAAGAGGAUGAUGAGGAGGAAGAGAAGAAGCCCAAGACCAAGUCUGUGGAGAAGACCUCCUGGGACUGGGAGCUGAUGAAUGAGAACAAGCCCCUCUGGACCAGGCCGCCUAAGGAGGUUACAGAGGAGGAAUACAAGGAGUUCUACAAGUCCUUCUCCAAGGACUCGGAUGACCCGCUGGCUCACACCCACUUUGUGGCAGAGGGAGAGGUGACCUUCAGGUCCAUCCUGUUUGUACCCAAGACUGGUCUUCGCGACAUGUUCCAGGAGUACGGUAAGAAGGUUGACUACAUCAAGCUGUUUGUGCGGCGUGUGUUCAUCACUGACGACUUCCAGGACAUGAUGCCCAAGUACCUGUCCUUCGUGAAGGGCAUGGUGGACUCAGACGACCUUCCGCUCAACGUGUCUCGUGAGACGCUGCAGCAGCACAAGCUCCUCAAGGUCAUCAAGAAGAAGCUGGUCAGGAAGACUCUGGACAUGAUCAAGAAAAUCGAUAACGAAGAGUACCUGGAAAAGUUCUGGAAAGAAUACAGCACCAGCAUCAAGCUGGGCUUGAUCCAGGAUCACUCCAACCGUACCCGCCUGGCCAAGCUGCUGCGGUUCCAGUCCUCCCACACUGAGGGGGAGGUCACCUCGCUGGCGGACUAUGUGGAGAGGAUGAAGGAGAAACAGGAGGCCAUCUUCUUCAUGGCAGGCACCAGGAGGAAGGAGGCCGAGAGCUCGCCAUUUGUGGAGCGACUCCUGAAGAAGGGUUACGAGGUCCUGUACCUGGUGGAACCUAUGGACGAGUUCUGCAUCCAGUCCCUGCCAGAGUUCGAUGGCAAGAAGUUCCAGAACGUCGCCAAGGACGGGCUGAAGAUCAACGAGUCGGAGAAGGUGAGGAAUGCAGCAGAAUGGUUGAUUUCUCUAGAGCCAAGUUUCAGCCAAAGGGCUUGUUUCAAGGCCAUGGCCUUUUUGACAGGAAAUACAGCAUAUAUAGUAUUGAAUACAGUGUUGAAAUGCAACUACUACUAAUUUUGAUACUGAUUGUACUCUUGUGCAGUAGUUCCACUAUGAAUCGCUAUAGUAGGUGUACACAAUGUCAUCCAAAAAAGCAUGAUAGGACCUCAUGUGAUGACGCCCCUAUCACGUCUAGCUCGGUAGAUGUAGUAGUUCUCUACUCCCUGUUAGCAGGGGCCUAAAGUUUACAAGGGCGUGCAAACGUACAUUAGUGUAGAGAUAUAGACUGCAGAACUAUCAGUACCACACACCUGCCUUGUUUCUUGAGUCACGUGGCUUUGAAGUCUCAUAUAUAGUGUAUAUAUCUAGGACGGUUAUCAAACAGAUGGUCGGCUCAACCUGUAUCAAACGAAAGGCCUGUACCCUAUAUCGGCGUUCUUUCAACGAAAUGAGAAGCCUUUUGGGUUUAUCACUCCCCACAACCUAACAUAAAGUUUAGCUCAUGAUCAGUAAUGGCAAUUUCGAUUUGAGUACCUACCUUCAGUUGGCGGAAAACGAGCCGUCGGUUGCACCAGUCGCAGACCCCUGUCCUUGGCCGCCAGUUUUACCGUGUCUGUGAGACCGUC